AUGCCGCAAUCGAAACAAUAUGAGUGGACGAAGUUUGCUGCCACCGUUUUGCCAUUUCCUACGGUGGAGACCUUUUCGACUUGGCUCAGUGAACUCGCAAGGGCUGUGAGUCUGAUGCCAAUACAUGCGCCAAAUGCUCAACGUUUUUCGCAACCGUCGACACCGUUGGGUUUUCGUCAAGCUAAUGCCAAUAGCAAUCGCCAACAUGCCGCGUUGGGUGCAAAGGGAGUUUUGCACAACAAAGAGAUGACAUUUGAUAAUUCAAAUAUACCGUGUUUGCAAUGCCAGCAAAGUCACAAACUGAGCAGUUGUCGCCAGUUUGCUGCUCUGGAUAUAGACGAUAAGUGGAAAUUUGUAAAACGUCACCGUUUAUGUUUUUCGUGCUUGCAGGUUGGACACAGCCUGACCGAUUGUUUUAAAAAGAAGCCAUGUGGCAUAAAUGGAUGCGUGCGCCUGCAUAAUCAAUUACUUCAUUCUGAGGCCAAGCAGCCUCCGAAGCCAGUCACGCCAAACAACGAAGAAAGGGAGCACAUACUCAACUGCCGUGAAGAACGCUCUCUUUCACACCUUUUCAAGAUAUUGCCGGUCAUUUUGUCAGGUCCACUAGGAAGAAUUUCCGUUUACGCCAUGUUUGACGAAGGGUCAUCGAUUUCGCUACUGGAGGAGAAGGUAGCCAACAGCCUAGGCCUUAGAGGAAACGCCGCACCACUCACACUGCAAUGGUAUGACGACAAGAAGACAACAGAGAAGUCACGUAAAGUAGCCUUGGCCAUAAAGGGUCAUGCGGAGAAGUCGUCAACAUGGUCAUUCACAUUUGAAGUCGCUGCCGAUAAAAAUUACGAUAAUGUCAAGCCUGUUCUGCUGUUGGGUUUGGAUAACUGUUUCCUUGAGGUGACAGAACAUAUUGUAGAGGAUGGGCCAUACAAACCCAUCGCAGCCUUAACCAAAUUAGGUUGGACCGCAUUUGGUCCUACUAAUUCACGAAGCAACGCCGAGCCACGUGUACUUCAUCUGCGUGAGAGUCAAGCGCUUAAGGAGCUACAAAAGGUGGUCGAAGACUAUUUUGCUGCCGACAGUUUUCGUGUACGAAAUGCUGACAUUGUGCUCGAAUCUGAUUCAGACGCCCGGGCCAAGAAAAUUCUUGCUGAAACAACAAAAAACAUCGGAAGACAAUACGAAGUUGGUCUGCUAUGGCGAGAAGAAAAUGUAAAUUUGCCUAAAAGUUAUGCCAUGGCCAAACAGAGGUUGCUCAACAUUGAGAACAAAAUGACCCGAGAUGCCGCCUUUGCCGCCAAUUAUAGAAGAGAAAUCGACAAAUAUAUCGCGAAGGGAUAUGCCCGAUUGUUGGAGCCUGAAGAAGCUAACCGUGAAAGCCCUACCACUUGGUAUUUGCCACAUUUUGGAGUGGUGAAUCCAAGCAAACCGAAUAAGCUUCGCAUUGUAUUCGAUGCUGCCGCCGCUACGUCGAACAUAUCACUGAACUCGGCUCUCCUAAAGGGACCGGAGCACGCUCAGCCGCUUUGGACGAUUAUCGCUAAGUUUCGUCAGGGUGUUGUGGCUGUAGCGGGCGAUAUACAGGAAAUGUUCUCGCAAGUCAGAAUACGCGAUGCCGAUCAAGACUCGCAGCGAUUCCUAUGGAGGAAUGGGUGCGUUUCAACGCCGAUUCGAGUUUACCAAAUGGUGUCGAUGAUUUUUGGUGCCGCGUGUUCACCAUGCUGCGCUGAGCACGUGAAAAACGUCAACGCUGAAAGCCAUAUGGAGGCGAUGCCCAUGGGCGCAAACGCUGUCAUCGAAAACACGUAUGUUGACGACCUCGUCAUUAGUUUCGACAGCACGCAAGAAGCCGAAGAAGUUACUUUAGAAGCCAUUCGCUUUAAUGCUGCCGCCGGGUUUAAACUUCGAAACUUCGUAUCGAAUUGCAAAAGUUUGGAAGCCAAGCUCAAUAACGAUGGAGUCGUCCAAGGAGAAAGCUUCAACUUGGAAAGAGGAAAUAGUACCGAGAAAAUACUGGGAAUGUUUUGGAACACAAACAAAGACACAUUCGAGUUCCAUUUCAAAUUCCAUAAAGUGCCAAAAGACGUUUUGGAAUGUAAACGCCCGCCAACUAAACGAGAGAUGCUUGGAAUCGUUAUGUCGGUUUACGAUCCAUUUGGACUCAUAGCUAAUUUCAUGAUAUACACCAAACUUUUAUUACAAGCAACCUGGAAGAUGCAAAUAACAUGGGAUGAGCCGCUUCCGUAUGAAAUGCAAGCCUAUUGGACAGCAUGGUGGAAAGAGUUCCAACGGGUGGAACAAUUUUCUACUCCCAGAUGUUAUUCACCGUUAUUACCAUCAGCCGAUGAUGUAGAAUUACAUGUUUUUGCCGAUGCAAGCGCCACUGCCUAUGCUGCCGUUGAGUAUCUGCGCAUGCAAAGAGGAUGCGAAGUUGACGUCGCAUUUGUUGCUGCUAAAACACGAUGUGCCCCGCCAAAGGGUAUGAGUGUCCCACGACUAGAACUACAAGCUGCCUUACUGGGUUGCCGAUUGAUGACUUCAAUUGUCAAUAGCCAUAGCAUUCGUAUUAGGCGUACGAUAUUUUGGAGUGACUCAAAAACGGUCAUCCUUUGGAUUCGUUCAACUGAGCGCCGAUAUAAACAAUUUGUCGCUCAUCGAAUUGCCGAAAUUCUCUCCAACACAGAACCAUCACAAUGGCGUUGGUUGCCCACGUCAUUUAACGUAGCAGAUGAUGCUACUCGAAUUGCAACACCCCCGAAAUUUGAAUUGCUAACGCGAUGGACACUAGGUCCUAACUUUCUUCGCCAAAGAGAGGAGCUGUGGCCUAAAGAAGUGCCACUAACAUCUGAGCAUUGUCAAUCUGAGGAGACACCCAACCGAAUUCUCAACAUUAAGCUAGGUGAGCCUGUGAUUGAUUUUACUAAAUUUUCUUGUUACUUAAAGCUAGUGCGAACAAUCGCAUGGGUUUUGCGAUUUGCACACAACACCCAGCCUGGUCAACAUAAAAGAGGUGAGCUUGCCGCAACCGAGUUAGCGAAAGCCGGGAACGCCAUCUGUCGCAUCGUACACAACGAGGUGUAUGCUGAAGAAAUCCGCAUGUUGCGCGCUGGAUCUAAUCUGCCGAAGACGAAUAAUUUGAGCCAAUUAACGCCGUAUAUUGAUAAUGGCAUACUUCGAGUCAAAGGACGAAUUGACGCCGCAUACUGUAUUCCAAUGACUGCGCGGCGCCCAGUCAUAAUGCCACAAAACCAUCCGGUUACACACCUAUUGAUGUUGCACUAUCAUCAAAAGAGGCAUUACCAAAACGAUAAGCUAAUUAUAAACGAACUACGCCAAAACUUUUGGGUGCCUCAUGCACGCGCUGUGUUGAAGCGCACCAAGAGAAACUGCCCGACGUGCAUAAUAGCACGCGCCAAGCCUGAUGUACCGCUCAUGGGUCAAUUACCGCCCGACCGCUUAACACCGUUUCUCCGCCCGUUUAGUUAUACGGGGAUUGAUUAUUGUGGACCAUUUUAUGUAGCUGUGGGCCGCCGUCGUGAAAAGCGCUGGAUAGCCUUGUUCACUUUUCUAACGACACGCGCCAUUGACCUAGAAGUCGCUGAAGACUUACCAAGUGAUUCAUUUCUAAUUUGCCUCAGAAAUUUUAUGAAUCGUCGAGGCACGCCUGUGAAGAUUCGAAGCGACAAUGGAACCAACUUUAUCGGAGCCCAGAAAGAGUUAACAAAGGAAAAUCGACUAUUUGACGUCGCCGAGAUUGAACGUCAAAUUGCGAAGGAGCGCAUUGAGUGGACAUUUAACUGCCCAGCUGAUCCAAGUGCUGGUAGCUGUUGGGAACGAUUAGUCCAAUGCGUGAAACGCUUGUUGUCAAAGGUGCUACAAGAAGAGGCGCCGCGACUUGAAACGUUUCGUAGUGUUGUCAUCGAAGCGGAGAACAUUGUAACCAGCCGCCCUUUGACUGAUUUGCCGCUAACCGCUGAAGAAGACGAGCCGCUGACACCCAACCAUUUUUUAUUGGGGUGUCUCAACACAACGCAAAUGCCGACCGAAGAAGAAUUCAAAAUAUGCUUGCGAAAGCAAUGGAGAAUUUCGCUAAAUUUGAAAGACAAAUUGUGGAAGCGCUGGGCAGUGGAAUAUUUGCCACAACUGUUGCAACGCUCUAAGUGGAGGAAUGAGGUGCCACCACUGAAGACUGGGCAACUUGUAAUCAUUUGCGAUUCAAAUAUGCCGAGGAGCCAGUGGCGAAAAGGUAUCGUCGAAACUGUUUUCACCGGCAAAGAUGGAAAAGUGCGCACCGUUGAAGUUCGCACGAGCCAUAGUACUUUACGUCGACCUGCCAGCCAGUUCAGUGAAUCCCCUUAA